UACGACGUGCUCGCCGUGCAGCCCCUCUCGGAGCGCGUGUUUCAGCAGGCGUGCGCGGCGCUAGAGGUAGACAUAAUAACGUUUGACAUGGCGCGGCGGCUGCCCUUCCGGCUGCGGCCGGGGCCGUUGCAGGCCGCGGUCAAGCGAGGCCUUCACCUGGAGAUCUGCUAUGCGGCCGCCCUGCGCGAUGAGACCUCCCGCCGUAACUUCUUCUCCAAUGCCUCAGCGCUGGUGCGGGCAUCCAGGGGGCAGGGCAUAAUCGUGAGCAGCGGCGCACGCGCGGCAUUUGAACUGCGGGGGCCGUAUGAUGUCAUGAAUCUUGUCACCCUCUGCGGGCUCACAGAGCAGCAGGCCAAGGUGCAGAUGUCCUUCAUCCUUCUCUUCUUGCAACACUGCGCUCGCAUGUGUGCUGCAACGUUUGCUCAAGGAAUGACCUCAAAAAGCUGA